AUGAUUGAUGAGCCAUUCCAGCUGUCUAAUUACACGGUGAAGCAGGCGAACAGGCCAUUCAACGUAAAGGGAAAGUCGUCGUCUUGGCAUGCCACCGAUUUGGCGACGCUGACCGUCCAAGCCGAUGGAAUACACUUGCUCGAUAUAGCAUCACAGAACACCCUUCAAUCAUUUUCCACGGGCCCUUCCACGGCUUUUGCUUCAGCAGCGACGACGUUCGUCGAGGAGCUCAAGGAUGGCAAUAUUACGAGGAGGACUGUUGCGCUCUCGGGCGGCUCAACGAAGAAGCAGAAGGUGCUUUCGUGGAGAGAGACUUUGAGUGCCUCCCAGGCUGCCCAUUUGGGUGGCCAGUCGCAGCAGGAAGACUUUGAGAUCGACGGUGCUGCUGCCACUUUGCACCCAAUCCCUGUCAGCCCGCCAACCAUGUUGAUCGGCUAUCCCGAUGGAUCAUACCUCUACACCCACUCAGACUUUACAAGGAUCGAGCAGGUGAAGAGCGACAGCCAUCAGUGCCAGCUCGGUGAAUUCGUUUUCGCCGCUGACAACGUUCCCUUUCUCCCAAAGGCAGAGGUUGCAAGAUACGUCGUGCUGACAGUAUCGCAGGGCAACAAGGACAAGUCAAUCACGAUUAAUGCGUAUCAGGUACUCAACAAUGCUGCAAGAGCACUCGAGUUGCUCGGCAAUGCAAUUGUGCCAUUCGAGGAGACGAUAAGGUCGAUCAGUGCAUCAUCCACUGGACAGCUCCACAUCGUAGACAGAACCAACAAAUUCAACAGCAUAGAAAUACAAUCAAUUAACAAGAAUCAAUUAAUUUAUAAGCACCUUAGCAGCAUUUCAAUCAAGGACACGUACAAGGAUUUGGCAGUGUUGGGACUAAAGAAUUCUCUCGCUCUUCUGGUGGCUAGAAAGGAGAAUCAGAUUGUCCUUACUGUAUGGGACACCACGCUCAAGAUCAUGUUGUCGGAGUAUGAGUUUGCAAUCCCCCAAUCAGUCGGUAGCAGUGAGGUGGAAUUGGAGUUGUCUGAUAUCUCAGUAACAUCCGCCAUGCUUGCCAUCUCAUCAAAGUCAUCGAAACGCUCGCAAGCGGUAGUGAUGGUCGUGCCUUUCUCUGUACCUUCACAAUCCACCAUCCUCGCAGCUCUUGGUCGCGAGCAAGUCACGCAGAAAUACCUCAGCAAACCCUCCAAAGGUGUACAGCAGAAAUCAGCAUCACCGCUCGAUCCAGACCAGUCGAAGCUUCAGGAAACACUCUCUUUAAUCGAGAAGAUCAUCACCGAUCCACAAACUGAUUCUGAAGAAGCAACUGCCGUACUCAAUGAGUACUUUAAAACAGAGAACUUGAGACUGAGGAACAUCGCCAACGAGCUCUUCAGAGCGGAUCUCGCCGACGCCGCGCUUGAAAGCUUCGGGAAGGAUGUAGAUCAGAAGACUAUAAAGGAGGAGUCGAUGAAGAACAUCUCCACUGAGCCAGUCUUACCAAGAUGGUUUGUCAAGUCGCUCAUUGAGCUCAUCUUUAAGAACGCCCUCAAAGAGAAAGUUAGCCACUCGAAUAAGCACGAAAAGGUGUUUGAGUUUCAACCUAGCCACUAUAGCCGCACAGUAGUAUCAAGACUAAUUUGGUUGCAUGUCAUCUCGAAUGACUACGCUAUCUACUGGGGAGGUAUACUACAAGCUCUGUGGAAGUGCAAAGACGCAAAAAGCCUCAUCCCAGCCAUUACUCAGGUCGGUGAUAUUCCAGAGGCGUCACUCGUCAGCAUCCUCAAAUCAGAAAUCGCACUUCACAGAACUCAGCAGGAGGAGCAGCGCAAAACUAAGGAAGAUACAGACAAGAUGGAAGUAGAUGGAGAUAGUAAGACUGACCAAUCUAGUAAAUCAAAAGGAUUUGAAGGUUUCGCUCAAGUUGACGGUGUGUUGAAGGCAGUCAUAAUGUCCGAUUACACGCCUGGUUUAAUGAGAAGAAGCUUCUACGAGCAAUUUGCAGAUGGAGAUGAUAUAAAUAGACUGUUUAAAAAAGUGGAAUUCUGGCUACACAAGGAGUUUACACACCCACAAACAGAUAUCAGCAACAUAUCUAACAAAGCACAAAAGGAUGCUAUUCGGGAGAGAGUGAAGGGAAUCAGAGCACCAAAGAAGUAUCAAUUGACUUUAGAAAAUCUCACAAGAAUGGCUCAGGUUUUGCUCGAUGCCUUUUUCCCUAUUUUAUUGCACUACGAGGUGUCGUACUACCAAGUCGAGAAGCUAAACAACACACUCAAGGAACUCACCGAGCGUGAACAGGCACACGCUGAUUUGCGCAGAUUGCUCGAGACGUUCGCAGCCAAAGCUACGGCUACAAAGGACAAAUUAGAACCACAAAUGUCGGUCAAAGCUGCCAAGGAAGAGAAGAGAAGUCUUGGUGUUGGUUCGUAUGCAAUUGAGCAGUUUGACCUUGAGUAG